CUCCCCUCCCCCUCCGCCGCCCCGCUCGGUGCCGGUGCCGGUGCCGGUGCCCGGGCAGCGCCGCCCCACGCCGUGCCCAGCGGAGCGGUAUGGCGGGCCGUGCCCGGGGGCCUUGCCGCCGCUGCCUGCCCCUGCCUGUACCCCUGGGGCUCUGCCUGUGCCUCUGCUGCCUGCUGCUGCCGCCCGCCGCCGGCUCCUGGAGCCCGGCCGUGCUGCAGCCCGCCGCCCGCAGCAACUGGUGCUCCUACACGGUGACACGGACGGUGUCGUGCCACGUCCAGAACGGCACCUUCCUCCAGCGGGUCUUCCAGGGCUGCCGCUGGCCCCUGGCCUGCAGCGGGGGCAGCAGCUACCGCACCAUCGUCCGGCCCAUCUACAGGGUGACCUACAAGACGCUCACGGCGCUGGAGUGGAGGUGCUGCCCCGGGCACGCCGGGGCCAACUGCGAGGAAGAGGCUCAUGCCUUCCUCGCCCUGCGGGAUGCUGGGCGCCCCAGCACUGCCCCACGUCGACCCCCCCUGCGCCCCACGGCUUUCUCAGGGUGCCUGAACUGCAGCCGCGUCGGGGAGCUGACGGCCCGGCUCGCCACCCUCGAGGCGCAGGUGGCCCGGCUGUCGGUGGCCGAGCCCCCCACCUCCCUGGCACCCAAAGGCAGCGCCCUGGGCAGGGGGCCGGAGACCGGGCAGCUCUGGGGGUCCCCGGCUGCCCGCGGGAGCCCUGGGGAUGACGGGGCGCAGCAGGGAGCCGUGCCGGGGCACGACGGGACACCCGGCGUGCGGGGGCCCUCCGGCCCCAAGGGAGACGCAGGAGGACGGGGACCGUCGGGCAUUCCGGGGGUGAAGGGGCCAAUGGGGCCACCAGGUCCCCCUGGCCCCCCAGGACCACCCGGCCGGGAUGGAGCCAGGGGCCUCCCUGGAGAGAAGGGGUUACCCGGGCCCCCCGGCCCCCCAGGCCCCCCUGCCCCCGUGGGGCCAGCGAUACCCCGCGUAGCCGAGCCCAGGGACCCGCUCCUCUCCAACACCUUCACUGACACCGCCGGGGGCAUCGUGGGUCCCGCCGGACCCCCCGGACCCAUGGGGCCGAUGGGUCCCCCCGGCCCCCCGGGUCCCAUCGGGCCACCCGGCCCCCCAGGACCUGACGGUAGAGCUGGGGCACCCGGAGCUGCCGGCCCCCCCGGGGAGAAGGGAGACAGGGGUCCCCAGGGCCACCCGGGCAGCCGCGGCCAGGACGGGGCACAGGGCGAGCCGGGCCCCAGGGGCGAGCCGGGCGAGAAGGGCGCUUGGGCCAGUAGCUUCCAAACCCUCCUGCGGCAGCAGGCCCGGCUGGAGGUCCUGGCUAGAAGGGUCACCUUGCUGGAAGCCAUCAUCUGGCCAGAACCAGAGCCCGGCUCGGGCAGCGGCCCCCCCGGCACGGCGGUGCCCGGACACCCCCGCGGCAAGCGUGGCAGCAGCCAGCCCCCCUACCGCAUCGUGGCCCCCCACCAGCGGCCCCCCGGCAAGCAGUGACGGAGCCUGGGGGGGGCGGGUGGGGAGGAGACCACCCACCGUCACCCCCCCCACCCUGCGCCCACCGCCGCGCCGGUACAGGCAGGAGCAUCGUCCCUGGGGGGGGGUGGGGGUGGGCAGGAUAGGGGUCACCCCCCUGCGUCCCCCCCGGCCCCGCAGGGCAUUUGGUGCUAGCCGGUGGCACGGCACCGGCCCCCCGCCCCCCGCCACGCUUUGCCCCCCCCAUCGCUGCUGCUUGAACCCCCGCUCUGAGGGUGGGGGGCAAAGGGGUGCUGUGGCCCCCCCCACCCCUUUUCUGCCCGCACCCCAACGUGCAGCUCUGGGGGUGCUUCAUUCCCUCCCCAGCCCGAGCCCCCCUGGCCACCCCUGUGCUGGUGAAGGGGCUCUGGGGGGGGCCGGCCGUGGGACCCCCCCCCGCGUGGGGACCCCCCUGCUCCGCGCGCUUCAUCUCGCUGCUUUGGGACCCCCGAGGUCAUUAAACGCCUCCUGAACCCG